AUGAUUCAUACCGCAUGUGAUGAGUUGGAAGCUGCACAGGCAAAAUAUGCUUUGGAAGAUAAUUCUCAAAGCCAGGCUCAACUAGCUCUUGAAAUGAAUCCUGCUUCAAAGCAGAAUGACCGUUCUCAGGAAAAUGCAGGAUCUAAUGACAGAUUUUCUGAUAUGUAUCUUGGUCUUUUGCAUUCACGAGAAACAGCAGCAGUUUACGGCUCUAUGACAAAUACACAGAUUAAGUUUAUUGUGGUGUUAGAUGAUUCAGAAAUGAUUAUUACGGAUGCCGAUAUGAAAUCGGUUUUUAAAGCAAUUCACUCAGCGUAUAUUCUGCAUGUGUGCAAUCCAUUUUAUGCAUUUGAUGAUAAGACGCCUAUUCAAAGUCGGAAAUUUGAUAAAAUGAUUGAGCAGAUUGUGGAAUCCUGGGCUCCGGGUGGAUAA